CUCUCUGCGUCGCCCAAACACUCACUCAAGGCCAAUUGUUUGUUUUAUUGCUCAAUUGAACAGUAAUAUCACAUUCAGCAUCAAUGCAGCGCGUUCUUGAUGGCAAGAACAUCCUCAUCACCGGAGCCUCCUCAGGCAUCGGUCGCAGCACCGCCAUCGAAUUCGCACGCACAUGUCCCAACAACCUGAAAUUGAUCCUCACAGCCCGCCGCCUUGACCGUCUGCAUGAGCUCAAGAAUCGCAUACAGAAUGAAGCUGGUCAUGGAGUCAAGGUGUGUGUCAAAGAGUUGGAUGUUAGCAAGAAGGAGCAGAUCGAUUCCUUCUUUGAGAAUCUAGAUGAGGAGUUCAAAGAUGUAGAUGUUUUAGUCAACAACGCGGGUUUCAUGUCCGGUGUAGAACGCCCACCCGAUGUACCAUCUGAUGUUAUCACGAGUGUAUAUGCAACCAAUGUCAUGGGUGUCAUACACAUGACGCAGGCUGUGCUUCAGAUCUUCAAGAAGCGACCUGAUGGCGGAAAGGGAGAUAUAAUCAUGUUGGGAAGUAUGGCGGGAAGAGAACCGUAUGCUGGAGGCUCUAUUUACUGCUCUACCAAAGCGGCAGUCCGGUCGUUCACAGAGUCGCUGCGCAAAGAGCUGAUAGCCACGCGGAUUCGUGUCAUGACAGUGGAUCCAGGACAAGUGCUUACUGAGUUUAACGACAUCCGGCAUCGAUUUGACAAGGAGAAAGCGGAUGCAGUCUACGCUGGUUGCGAUCCGCUGACGCCGGAGGACAUUGCUGAAGUCAUUGUGUUUGCGGCCGGGAGGCGAGAGAAUGUCGUUGUCGCCGAUACCUUACUAUACCCUUCGCACCAGGCGGGCGCAUUAGAUAUUCAUCGGCGCCAAUAGAGACCCCUCGAAGCGCUGCGCGAGAAGUACUCUGUGUAUCGUGGUGUCUUAUCGGCUCAUGUGAUAGUCUAAGGGGUCAUGGAGAAAUCAAGUGGGUGGCAAGUUGUCGAACGGUUUUUAGACAUGAGUGUACCAGAGGGGUGUCACUCUCAAGUAAUUUGGCAACAUGACCUGUGAUGCAUCUUGUGAAGGCUUGUGUGAAUAAGGAUGAUAAUGGCCAACAAUUAAUUUACAUUAUAGACGGG